AUGAAGGAUGGUGUUUGGACGUUGGUUUUGGUUCUGGAUGGUCAUCUUGAAUGCGCUUCGGCAGAAUUCAUGCUCGAGAUGCUUCCCUCGACGAUCAAACGGGCUCUGGAGUCCGUAAUAGAGAGCUCAGACCCAUUGGAGGACCAAGACAUUGCGAAAGCUCUUUCGGAAAGCUUGAUCUCCUUGGACAACAAAAUAAAAGACGAUUUUCUUGCCCUUCUCCCAGCCGACCUCACGGAUUUUGACGCGGCCACGGCCUUGAAAGAUGCGGACGGCAAGCCUCUUAUUGAAGUUCAGCGCGCUAUGACUGGAACCACUGUUGCUGUCGCUCUUAUCGACCCUCGCAAGCGCAUUCAUGUCGCAAGUGUAGGAGACUGUGAUGUCUUUCUUUGCUCUUCCAACUCAGAAGAAGAAUGGACUUGCUCCGUUCUGAAUACUCAUCAUCAGUGCUCUAACCCAGACGAAUGUGCUCGGAUUAUAGCGGAACACCCCAACGACCCAGAAUGCGUUGACAUGAACCAUCGGUCCGGAGUUCCUCGACUCCUUAGCAUGCUGGUUCUGAGUCGCGCAAUCGGAGACAUCUACGGGAAAAUCCCGAGGGAAUUUGUCAGGGUUCUCGAGCUGGGAUGGGGACAAAGCACGGUUCCCGAUUUAUCGCAAAUCAAAACACCGCCCUACCUUUCCAACAGACCGGAUGUCGUGCAUACCAAGCUUCCUGGACAACAAUUCCUCAUCGUCGCGACAGACGGUCUCGAUAAUCUCAUGCGACGACAUCAGCACCUUCGGGAGGUGGAGCAGUCGGUUCUCGGUGUGAGUCUUGCGCCUGCCGUUGCCAAGGCUCAGUUGGCUGGGGAAAAUCUAGCGGAAGCGGUUCUUUGGGAAGCCACGGGAGGUGACGCUAUUGGAAACAUUUCCGAGGGCUGGCUUUUGGGUACCUUCAAUGGACGUUUGGAUGACAUUACCGUUGCGGUCGUUCCUUUGUAA